GGUGCAAGUAAAUCUGGUCAGGCGUGGAUCUUCAUAAGACGGCUCAAGUGAUGCAGUUAGGCGUAGGUCUUCAUAAGGCAGAUAGUAUUGUCGGUUGUCGAAUCGUUUAUGUAAUUUUUCCUAUAUCAUAAUUGUAAAAUUAUAAUAAAUCAGCGUUAAAAAAAAAAAUUCUCGUGGGCUGAAAAAUGGGCCCAUCUUUCGAGGUCCGUUAUAAAUCCAUGUCCAAUGAUAAAAAAAGGAUUCCUUAAACCUCUUUUUUUAAUCGCAAAAUAAUUAAAAAAAAAAAACAAUUGAAUCGCAGAACUGAAGCAAAAGGGAUCUCCAAUGUCGUCGUCGUCAAGCGAUCCGUCGAAAACAGGGAUGGAGAGGAAGAAGAAAGGAGCUCCGAUCAAGUUCUUGGUGCCUCUCAUAUACGCUCCUGCUCUUCCUCUCAUUCGCUUGACUUUAAGGCAUCAGCCUGUUCUCAGGGACCGUCUCUUCGGUCUUGUCCUCGCCGGUGCUUUCGUUCAUGGCUUCUACCUCGUAACGGACAUAUAUGAUGCAGAGAGCAAAUGAAAAAAAAAACAAGAAGUGGAAGUUGCAGCCAUUCUUCAAGAGCUCAGUAUUUCUCAGAUGUCUUUCUGAUUUAAUAAAUAAAACUGCUUUUGUUUUUUUAAUAUAAAUUUUGUUACAAAAUUACUUUUUGCUCUUGUGAAUCUGAAAUUGGAUUUGGUUUAUGAAUCCAUUAGUUUUCUUGUUUCCUAGAAGAAAGGCCUAUUCACACA